AGAAGGCCCAAGGAGAUAAAUUAGGCGGGAAAAUUGACUCAACCCCACAAUUUCCCCAAUUUCUUGGUGCCAAAAUCAAAGUCAAUGAUGAGGUAAGCGCAAUGAAAUCAGAUCCAAUUCAAAUCAACUCCGACGAAUUCAUGCAAUGCAAUCAAAGAUCAGUGCCUUCUUCAAACCCUCCUCCUCUUCUUCUUCCUCUUCACCCAACCCAGCAGCCGCACCUCCGCUUCUUUCCAACGAAAACGACGACGAAUUGACCGUCUGGGAGAAUACGCAGCACCAGUACUGUAACACCUUCAAGCGAAGAGGUCCAAACCUGCAAAGUCGUGGAAGGGACAAAAAUCCAGUGAACCAAUUGCCGGAGAAACCCUUUUCUGAUGGCAAUUCCGGGAAGCCGGAAUCGACCACAUUGGGAAGAACAGUGAUCAAGAACAAGAAGAGAAGCUAUGCUCAGUUCUAUCUGGACUUUGGACAGUCUGAUUUCAAUCUGCAGUGCGGGGUCAAGUAUACCGCCGGAGACGAAGACGAUGAGAAGGCUCACAGGGCAUUUCACAAGGACUAUACCAAUGGAAUUUUAUUCAAGGGAUGGUGCAAUGAGAGGGUUGUUCAUUUGCCUUCUGUGGAGGGAGGUCGGAUUGUUUUGGUGUUAGAUUCUGAUCCUCUGGCGCAGAGAAACAAGGCGAACACAAUAUCUGUUUUCUUGAAUUUGAUACUUUAUCAGAGGAUUGAAUUGGAUUGGAUAGGAUAAUUCAAAGAGGCAUACAAAGUUCCUUCAUGUGCAACUGAUGGAAGUUCUGAUGGUACUACUACACAUGAAGCAAAAUCAUCUACUCUCCAAUUUGGGGAUAUCAGGUUUCAGAGGGAAGUCAUGAGAAAAGCCCCUUCUGUUCCCGAAACGUUGAAUGAGAAUCUCAAUGGUGCUAUCUUCUGCGAAAGGGAAGCAGUGGCUGCUGUUUGCGGCGUUAGAGCCAUUUGGGUCACUCCAUCUAACAGAAGAAAACACAUAGCCACCCAGUUAUUAGAUGCCCUGAGGAAAAGUUUCUGCAUGGGAUUUGUCCUCGAACGUUCUCAACUGGCAUUCUCUCAACCAACAUCAGCUGGAAAGGCAUUGGCAUCCAAUUAUACUGGUGGUGGUGGAUAUUUUCUGGUGUACAAAACCAACCAUAUUGUCCCAUAAAACACAGAUAUUUGUGUCCAUAUGUGCCUUGAGUUUAAUUCCUUUAGAAACAAUUUUGACAUGUUUGCUAAAUUCUAAAAGCUAGAAAUAAAACUUAUUUUCAGUUCUUCAAUCUUA